CACACUUAUUACAUGUUGAAGAUGUUCUAUAUAAUAACUCCACAGCUUCUUCAUUUGUAGAACUAUGACUCAAAGCAAAAACAAAAGAUGGCGUUAGAAACUGGAUUUCCUCCAUUUCCAGAUUUCCUCAAGAUCUUCAACUCCCAUGAACAUUCUCAACGUUUGGUAAUCCCAAGAGGCUACAAACAGUACUAUCCAAACCCUCUUCCUCAGACCGCUGUUCUUAAAAGGGCCGAAGGAAAGUUUUGGACUGUCAGAUGGACGAUAAGCCAAGAGGAGACUAUUAGUUUCCAAGAAGGUUGGGAAAAGUUUGUUAGAGGCAAUGGUCUCAUUGACAGAGACUUCCUCUUGUUCACUUAUGAUGGUUCUCGGAGCUUUUGGGUUCGCAUCCACCGAGAUGGCCUUCCUCUGGAGCCAAGCUGUCCCAUCAAGAUACAAGAAAUAUCGGAUGAUGAAGAUGAGACAGUGGGUGAUGAUGAUGGCCGUGAUCAUCAUAUGGAAGAAGGAGAUACCUAUGAGAACAUGGUCGUUUCUCUUUCUCUAGGAAGCAGCGACGAAAUUAAUGGGGAUGAUGAAGAUGAAGAUGAUGAUGAUGAUUAUGAUGAUGAUGAAGAUACAGCGACUUGUGUAGUUAACAAAGCUAGUGGAAGCUCUUACAAGAAAGCAAGAAGGGUGAAAAAGACUCGUGCUACUUCCAUUGCUGAUUCUGUUAAGGUGCAAACGUAUCUUGAAAAUCCCAAAAACCCGUUCUUUAUUUCAACUUCAUCGUGUUCAAGGCGUGUCUUGGUAAUUUCUAUGCAAGCAAUAAAAGACUUUAAGUUGAAGUUUGAGAACACAAUCAAUCUCGUCGAUGAUUUCGGGUUGUUAAAGAGAAAGGUUGGGAAAUGGAAAGAUCGUGUUGUGGUACACAAGUGGGACGAAAUGUACAACAGGAACAAAAUAAAGCCGGGAGACAUAAUCAUAUGUGAGAUUCUGCGUGAAGGAGAUGUUGUUCGCACCGUCAAAGUGCACUUCGUGAAGAACUGAGAAGUCUAGUUUAUUUAUCGUUUUAUGGAUAUGUUGAAACCUUUGUCUCUAGCCUCUAGGCUCUUGUUGAAGUUAUGAACUUGGGAUCUUGUUCUUUUA